AAGAAUUACAAAAUCAAGAAAGGGGUGGGGUGAGACAUGCAGGCAUAAAAGCAUUAGCAGGUGCCUCCACAGCACUGCUCUUCCAGAGAGAGGACAAACCAAAGAUGAGGGUGCUGGGAGCUGUGGUCGCCCUCUUGCUCUGCGGGCAGCUCUUUGCAGCAAACGUUGGCAAUGAGGUCACAGAUACGGCAGAUGACAGCUGCCCAAAGCCCCCUGAGAUUGCAAAUGGCUACGUGGAGCACUUGGUUCGCUAUGGGUGUAAGCCCUACUACAGACUGCGCACUGAGGGUGACGGAGUGUACGCCUUAAACAGCGAGAAGCAGUGGGUCAAUAAGGCCCUUGGAGAGAAGCUUCCUGAAUGUGAAGCAGUGUGUGGGAAGCCUAAGUAUCCAGCGACUCAGCUGCAACGGAUCAUAGGUGGAUCUCUGGACGCCAAAGGCAGCUUCCCCUGGCAGGCUAAGAUGAUCUCCCACCAUAAUCUCACUUCGGGGGCCACACUGAUCAGCGAACAAUGGCUGCUGACCACAGCUAAAAAUCUCUUCCUGGGUCACACGAAGGAUGCAAAAGUAGAAGAGAUCGCCCCAACUUUAAAACUCUACUUGGGGAAAAAUCAGCUCGUGGAGAUUGAGAAGGUGGUUUUCCACCCUGACAUCUCCAGCGUGGACAUUGGGCUCAUUAAACUUAGACAGAAGGUACCCAUCACAGAGAAAGUGAUGCCCAUCUGCCUGCCUUCCAAAGACUACGCAGAAGUGGGGCGUGUGGGCUACGUGUCUGGCUGGGGGCGGAAUUCCAACUUCAAUUUCACUCAGUUUCUGAAGUACGUCAUGCUGCCAGUGGCUGACCAAGACAAGUGUGUGGAGCACUAUGAGGGCAGCACGGUGCCCGAAAAGAAGACACCGAAGAGCCCUGUGAAGGUGCAGCCCACACUGAAUGAGCACACCUUCUGUGCUGGCUUUUCCAGGUAUCAGGAAGACACCUGCUAUGGCGAUGCUGGCAGUGCCUUCGCCGUUCACGACGUGGAUCAGGACACCUGGUAUGCAGCUGGCAUCCUAAGUUUUGACAAGAGCUGUACCGUGGCGGAGUAUGGCGUGUAUGUGAAGGUGUCCUCCAUCUUGGACUGGGUUCAGAAAACCAUGGCUGACAACUAGUGCAAGGCUGGCUGGGAGCACUUAAGAUUUAGCUCUGGAUGGAGGGCAAACUGGAUGGGAGUAAAGUGGAUGAGGGGAUAAAGUAGAAUGGAGCUGGUGGGCCCCUGUCCUGCACUGCUGAGUCAAUUAAU